AGGUGUAAGAACUAAGAAGCUGAUAGAUUGUUGUUGCUCUCUCUGGAGAUUAUCUCAGACGAACAUGGAUAAAUGGGGAUUCCAUAGACCUGUCAAUGAAUGCAAUUUGCCACCUGAGCCAUUUCCUAACGAUUUGGCCCCUUCGUCAAUUGUGAACCAAGAUGGAGAUUUGCAUGAUGAAUAUGAUUUUAGUGAUGAGGUUCUCAAGUAUAUAAGCCAGAUGCUUAUGGAAGAAGAUAUGGAAGAAAAGACAUGCAUGUUUCAAGAGUCCUCAGCAGCUCUUCAAGCUGCAGAGAAAUCAUUGUAUGAGCUUCUAGGGGAGAAGUAUCCUCCUUCACCCAAAUAUGACCUGAAUCCUUGUAUUGAUCUGAGCCAAGAGAAAUUAUAUGAAAAUCAUGAUCAAAGUUGUUGGAGAUGUAACGGUGGCAUUAUGAGUACUAGCAGCUCCAACUUAGUGUAUCCUGGAUGGAAGUGUGAUCUGGGUGAACACAAUCCCUCCACUUCUCAGUCUGUUUCACAGUCAUCAUAUAGCUCAGGCACCACCGGUUCAAGUAGUGUGGUAGAUGGGUUUGUUGAUUCUCCAGACAGCACUCUUAUGCUUCCUGAAAUAUUUAGUGAUAAUGAGUCUGUUGUGCAAUUCAGAAAAGGGUUCGAGGAAGCAAGCAAGUUCAUCCCAAAUGCCAGUGGUCAGUUUGUUGAUUUGGAGAGAUAUGGAUUAUUUCUUACAGAGCCAAAAGAAGAGACUAAGGACGCUCCAGAUAUGGUGGCCAAGAAUGACUGUUCAACAGAUAGAUCAAGAGGAAAGAGGAAUCCUGAUCCUGGUGGUGUCUACGAAGAGGGUGGGAGGAUAAACAAGCAGUCUGCAAUUUUAACUGAAUCAACCGUAAGUCCAGAAAUGUAUUAUACGAUUGUACUGGACUGUAACAGUCAAAAAAAGUUUCGUGAAGCUUUGCAGAAUAGCACACGUAAUAAUGUGCAGCAAAAUGGAUCGUUAAAAAGGUCAAGUGGUAGAAAGGCCAAUGGGAAGAAGCAGUGUGGUAAAAGGGAUGUAGUUGAUUUGAGAACCCUCCUUACACUCUGUGCACAAGCUGUUGCAGCUGAUGACUGGAGGAGUGCUAACAACUUGCUGAAGCAAAUCAGACAGCAUUCUUCACCUAUAGGGGAUGGAAUGCAGAGGAUGGCACACUAUUUUGCUAAUGGCCUAGAGGCACGCUUGGCUGGGUCUGGAACUGAGACAUACACUGCCCUUCUCACUAGGCCCACAUCAGCUGCUGAUGUUUUGAAAGCAUACCAUCUGCUUCUCGCUGCUUGUCCAUUUAGGAAGCUUUCAAACUUUUUCUGCAAUAGGACAAUUAUGAAUCUGGCUCAAAAUGCUGCACGGCUCCACAUUGUUGAUUUUGGUGUUCUAUAUGGUUUCCAAUGGCCCUGUCUCAUACGCCGUCUCUCAUCUCUGCCUGGUGGACCCCCUAAGCUUCGGAUUACUGGGAUUGAUCUUCCACAACCCGGUUUCCGUCCAGCACAAAGGGUUGAGGAGACAGGAUGUCGUCUUGCAAACUAUGCAGAGACUUUCAAAGUUCCAUUUGAGUUCAAAGCAAUAGCACAGAUGUGGGACACCAUUCGACUUGAGGAUUUAAAUAUUGAUCGUGAUGAGGUGCUUGUUGUUAACUCUAUGUUCAGGCUUAGAAACCUACUCGAUGAGACCGUGGUGGUGGACUGUCCGAGGAAUAAAGUUCUGAACUUGAUCAGGAAGAUGAACCCUGAUGUUUUCAUACAGGGAAUUGUUAAUGGAGCAUGUAGUGCUCCAUUCUUCAUCACAAGAUUCAGGGAGGCUCUUUUCCACUAUUCUACUUUAUUUGAUAUGCUUGAGACUACUGUUCCUCGUGAAAAUGAAGACCGCAUUCUGAUUGAAAGAGAGUUUUUUGGACAGACAGCAAUAAAUGUCAUUGCGAGUGAGGGCUUAGAAAGAAUUGAGAGGCCAGAGACAUACAAACAAUGGCACGUACGGAAUUUGAGGGCAGGGUUUAGGCAGCUGCCAUUGGAUGAGGAGAUCAUGAAGAAAUCUAAAGAGAGAGUGAAUACAAGCUACCACAAGGACUUUGUAAUUGAUAAAGAUAAUAAUUGGUUGCUCCAAGGUUGGAAGGGCCGAAUUGUUAAUGCACUAUCUUCUUGGGCUCCUGUUUGAUAAGUACACAAUAGUUACUGUUCAUCAAUGGCAAGAUUUUGCAAACCCCUGGUGUUGGCUCACCCUCCUUUUGCUAUGAUCUUCUGUUGGAUCUUUGUUUCACGAACCUAAAGAUAGGGGGUUGGAAAAUCUUUGCUGCUGCUUGUCAUCAUGGUUUGGGAAAGCUAAUUUGAUCAUUCAACUGCACAUUGCUUAGCAGUCAUUAGUUUGUUAGAAAAAGAUGAAGUCAUCAUGUGCUAUAUUGCUUCAACGGUUGACGGUUGCCUUUUGAAUAGAUAUUUGUGUACACCUUCACAUAACACCAAACUCUCUUAGGCAUCACAGCAAGCUUGUACAACUGCAUGCCUAUAAAAGGUGAGACAGUAUGUUACAGGUCAAAGGUAGAAGCUCAGAAAUUUUAGAGUAAUGGAUGAUUUUGAUGAAUCCCUACAACAGAUAAUAUGUUAUAGUUUUAAGAGGUUCUAAUGGGAACUACUGCCACACCUUUCUUGGCUUUUGUACUUGGCUGUAACUUAUCAAUGUUCUGUGAAGGGAUUAAGAUGAUGUCUGUGCAAUAGGAGGGAUGUUUGGUCUUUAUGGUGGUUUUCUUGUAUGGAGUCAACAUGUUAGCAAGUUGCCUUUCAUUUUCUUAUUGGAUAAGCACACCCAUUUAAUGUACUGAAUCCAUUGGUAAUAUUAUCUAAUGUUAGAAUUAGUCAAAUUGGUCCUGGGGUAUGACUAACACGAGAUAACUUAUAUCCUACAAAAAACAAAUAUUCAGAAUGGUA